GUAAGUGCGCGCGCGCCUGCUCGCCUGCAGCCGUGGAGUCGCGCGGGGCGGGGUUGCGUGCGCGGGGUCGGGGGCGCGCGGCCGAAGCGGACAAGGGACGCGGCGACGGUUGACUGUGGCUGUUGAGAGAGUACAGGACAGUCAGGACCGCGAGAGGCGGCGACGGAGGCAGUAGCUGCACCGGCAGAGGCGGCCGCUGGCAGCAGUUGAGGCGGCGGUCCAACGCGUGCUCUCUGGGCGGGGUGCAGCGGGGGAUGUGCCUGCCCAGGCCGGGCGGAGUCUCUCUGACAGGGCGGGGGAUGCGCAGCGGCCGCUCGCCCGGACCCUGAGGCUGCUGGGUCCACCCUCCCGGAACCGUCCGACCCUCGGUGGCCUCGGCCUCCUCUGCCAUCUCCCGCCCGACCCUGGGGCGGAGGGUGGGAGGCAGCUUCCGCCGAAGAGGAGGGGGCUGCGGUGGCCACCGCGGCGGAGCCCGAGUUAUUUUACCAAGAAAAUGGUUUGCAUGACUUUGAACAUAUACUAUCCAUGCUGAUGGGACAGGAUCCAAUAUGAAUAUAAAUGAUGGAGGAAGACGACGCUUUGAAGAUAAUGAACAUACAUUACGGAUCUAUCCUGGGACUAUUUCGGAAGGGACAAUCUACUGUCCUAUUCCUGCCAGAAAAAACUCCACAGCUGCUGAGGUGAUUGAGUCUCUUAUAAACAAACUUCAUCUUGACAAAACAAAAUGUUAUGUUCUAGCGGAGGUAAAGGAAUUUGGUGGAGAAGAAUGGAUUCUCAAUCCAACAGACUGUCCAGUUCAGCGAAUGAUGUUGUGGCCCCGAAUGGCUCUGGAAAAUCGCUUAAGUGGAGAGGACUACCGCUUUCUUCUGAGAGAGAAAAACCUUGAUGGAUCGAUCCAUUAUGGUAGCCUGCAGUCAUGGCUACGGGUAACAGAAGAACGUCGCAGGAUGAUGGAACGGGGUUUUCUUCCACAGCCUCAACAGAAAGACUUUGAUGACUUAUGUAGUUUACCUGAUUUGAAUGAGAAAACUCUCUUAGAAAACCUACGAAAUCGCUUUAAGCAUGAAAAAAUUUAUACCUAUGUUGGCAGUAUUCUAAUAGUUAUUAACCCAUUCAAGUUUCUUCCUAUUUAUAACCCCAAAUAUGUCAAAAUGUAUGAUAACCACCAACUGGGAAAACUUGAGCCCCACAUUUAUGCUGUGGCUGAUGUAGCUUAUCAUGCCAUGCUUCAGCGCAAAAAGAAUCAGUGCAUCGUGAUUUCGGGAGAGAGUGGUUCUGGGAAGACUCAAAGCACAAACUUUCUUAUUCACCACCUUACCGCUCUCAGUCAGAAAGGAUUUGUCAGUGGAGUAGAACAGAUUAUUCUUGGAGCUGGACCAGUACUUGAGGCCUUUGGAAAUGCAAAGACAGCUCAUAAUAACAAUUCAAGUCGUUUUGGGAAGUUUAUUCAAGUAAAUUACCAGGAAACAGGCACUGUACUUGGUGCCUAUGUUGAAAAAUAUCUACUGGAGAAGUCCAGACUCGUUUAUCAAGAGCAUAAUGAACGGAACUAUCAUGUAUUCUAUUACCUCUUGGCAGGAGCAAGUGAAGAUGAGAGAUCAGCAUUCCAUCUUAAGCAACCAGAGGAAUAUCAUUAUCUCAAUCAGAUAACAAAGAAACCCCUCAGACAGAGCUGGGAUGAUUAUUGCUAUGACUCUGAGCCGGAUUGCUUCAUGGUGGAAGGAGAAGAUUUGAGACAUGAUUUUGAGCGCCUACAACUUGCCAUGGAAAUGGUAGGAUUUCUUCCCAAGACACGAAGACAGAUUUUCUCUCUUCUCUCAGCCAUACUACAUUUGGGUAAUAUCUGUUAUAAAAAGAAGACAUACCGGGAUGACUCCAUUGAUAUCUGUAAUCCUGAAGUUCUGCCUAUUGUCUCAGAAUUAUUAGAAGUUAAAGAAGAGAUGCUAUUUGAAGCAUUAGUUACAAGGAAGACGGUGACAGUGGGAGAAAAGCUUAUUUUGCCAUACAAGUUGGCAGAGGCUGUGACAGUGAGGAACUCCAUGGCUAAGUCUCUAUAUAGUGCCCUGUUUGACUGGAUAGUUUUUCGAAUUAAUCAUGCACUUCUGAAUAGUAAAGAUUUAGAGCAUAAUACCAAGACAUUGUCCAUUGGUGUUCUUGAUAUUUUUGGGUUUGAAGAUUAUGAAAAUAACAGCUUUGAACAGUUCUGUAUUAAUUUUGCUAAUGAACGUUUACAGCACUACUUUAAUCAGCAUAUCUUUAAAUUGGAACAAGAGGAAUAUAGAACUGAAGGUAUCAGCUGGCACAACAUAGAUUACAUUGAUAAUACCUGCUGUAUAAAUCUUAUUAGCAAAAAACCAACAGGACUGCUUCAUCUUUUGGAUGAAGAAAGCAACUUUCCACAGGCUACAAAUCAAACAUUGCUAGACAAGUUUAAGCAUCAACAUGAAGAUAAUUCUUACAUCGAAUUUCCAGCCGUGAUGGAGCCUGCUUUCAUUAUAAAACAUUAUGCUGGAAAAGUAAAAUAUGGGGUAAAGGAUUUCCGGGAAAAAAAUACAGAUCAUAUGCGCCCAGACAUUGUAGCUCUUCUGAGAAGCAGCAAGAAUGCAUUUAUCUCUGGGAUGAUUGGAAUUGAUCCUGUAGCUGUUUUCCGAUGGGCAAUUCUCCGAGCUUUUUUCAGAGCCAUGGUUGCUUUCAGGGAAGCUGGGAAAAGACACAUUCACAGAAAAGCUGGACAUGAUGAUACAGCGCCAUGUGCAAUUUUGAAAAGUAUGGAUAGUUUUAGCUUUCUCCAACACCCAGUCCACCAGAGGAGCUUAGAGAUUCUGCAGAGAUGCAAGGAAGAGAAGUACAGUAUAACCCGGAAAAAUCCCAGAACACCUCUUUCUGAUCUCCAGGGCAUGAAUGCUCUAAAUGAAAAAAACCAACAUGAUACAUUUGAUAUUGCCUGGAAUGGCAGAACUGGGAUUCGCCAGAGCAGACUAUCAAGUAGCACCUCCUUGCUUGAUAAAGAUGGAAUAUUUGCUAAUUCAACUAGCAGCAAACUCCUGGAGAGAGCCCAUGGAAUUCUCACGAGAAACAAAAAUUUCAAACCCAAGCCUGCCCUUCCAAAGCACUUGCUAGAAGUAAAUUCUUUAAAGCACCUGACAAGACUGACACUACAAGAUCGCAUUACCAAGUCUCUUCUUCAUUUACACAAGAAGAAAAAACCUCCCAGCAUCAGUGCCCAGUUUCAGACAUCAUUAAGCAAGCUAAUGGAAACACUUGGUCAAGCAGAACCAUAUUUUGUAAAAUGCAUCCGCUCUAACGCUGAAAAGCUGCCCUUAAGGUUCAAUGAUGCCUUGGUACUUAGACAGCUUCGAUACACUGGAAUGCUGGAAACAGUUCGAAUUCGCCAAUCAGGAUACAGCUCCAAAUAUUCUUUCCAGGAUUUUGUGAGCCACUUCCAUGUACUUCUUCCCCGAAAUAUUAUUCCAUCCAAAUUUAACAUUCAGGAUUUCUUCAGGAAAAUAAAUCUUAAUCCAGAUAAUUAUCAAGUUGGAAAAACCAUGGUCUUUCUAAAGGAGCAGGAACGACAGCACUUACAAGAUCUGCUUCACCAAGAGGUGCUCCGCAGAAUCAUAUUGUUGCAGCGAUGGUUCAGGGUCUUGCUGUGUAGGCAGCAUUUCCUCCAUCUGAGACAAGCAUCUGUUAUUAUCCAGAGAUUCUGGAGGAAUUACCUAAAUCGGAAGCAAGUCAGAGAUGCAGCUGUGCAGAAGGAUGCUUUUGUUAUGGCUAGUGCAGCUGCUCUUCUCCAAGCUUCCUGGCGUGCUCACUUAGAGAGGCAGCGGUACUUGGAGCUACGGGCUGCAGCCAUCGUUAUCCAGCAGAAAUGGAGAGAUCACUAUAGGCGCAGGCACAUGGCUGCUAUUUGCAUACAAGCAAGAUGGAAAGCCUACAGGGAAAGUAAAAGGUACCAAGAACAAAGGAAAAAAAUUAUCCUUUUGCAAUCAACAUGUAGAGGAUUCAGAGCAAGACAAAGAUUUAAAGCUUUAAAAGAACAAAGGCUAAGAGAAACAAAACCAGAACUUGGAUUGGUGAAUAUUAAAGGAUAUGGAUCUCUGGAAAUUCAGGGUUCAGACCCUUCAGAAUGGGAGGAUUGUUCUUUUGACAACAGAAUAAAAGCCAUAGAGGAAUGUAAAUCUGUAACAGAGAGUAAUCGAAUUAGCCAUGAAAGUUCGGUGGACUGCUUGAAGAAGUCACCAAACAAGCAGCAGGAGAGAGCCCAAAGCCCGAGUGGUGUGGACUUGCAGGAAGAUGUGCUUGUAAGAGAGAGACCCAGAUCCUUGGAGGAUCUCCAUCAGAAAAAAGUAGGCCGGGCUAAAAGAGAAAGUAGGAGAAUGAGAGAACUAGAGCAAGCUAUAUUUAGCUUAGAAUUGCUGAAAGUUCGUUCUCUUGGUGGUGUUUCUCCUUCAGAGGAUCGCAGAUGGUCUACAGAAUUGGUGCCUGAAGGCCUUCAGUCUCCACGGGGUACACCUGAUAGUGAGAGCUCUCAAGGAAGCUUGGAACUUCUGAGCUCUGAGGAAAGCCAAAAGAGCAAACUAGAAUCUGUAAUUUCAGAUGAAGGAGACUUGCUGUUUCCAUCACCUAAGAUAUCCAGCAGUCCAAAAUUUGAUUCACGGGACAAUGCCCUCAGUGCCUCAAAUGAGACUAGCUAUGCAGAGCAUUUGAAGGAUGGAACUAUGAAGGAAAAGGUGGUCUGCAGUUCUGAGUCUAUUACCUGUAAACCACAGCUGAAAGACUCCUUCAUUUCAAAUAGUCUGCCUACUUUUUUUUAUAUCCCCCAACAAGACCCACAGAAAACAAAUUCCCAACUAGACACAAGUAUCCAAAGAAACAAACUAUUGGAAAAUGAAGACACACCAGGGGAAGCUCUUACUUUGGAUAUCAACAGGGAAACUAGAAGGUAUCACUGCUCAGGAGAAGAUCAAAUUGUUCCUCCUUUGAAUACAGAGUCUUCUAAUCCUAUGCUUAAGAAGUUAGAAAAGCUAAACACUGAGAAGGAAGAAAGGCAAAAGCAGUUGCAGCAACAGAAUGAAAAAGAGAUGAUGGAACAGAUUCGCCAGCAAACCGAUAUUUUAGAGAAGGAGCGCAAAGCGUUCAAGACAAUUGAAAAGCCAAGAAUUGGAGAGUGUUUGGUGGCACCAUCUUCCUAUCAGUCAAAGCAGAGAGUAGAGAGGCCAUCCUCUCUCCUCAGCUUAAAUACCUCAAAUAAGGGAGAACUUAACGUACUGGGGUCCCUAUCAGUAAAAGAUGCAGCUCUUGCCCAGAAAGACAGCUCCUCUGCUCGCUUACUCCCAAAGGAUAGACCUGUCACCGUGUUCUUUGAAAGAAAAGGAAGUCCAUGCCAAUCUAGUACUGUUAAAGAAUUAUCCAAGACAGACAGAAUGGGUGCCCAGCUGAAUGUAGCCUGUAAACUCUCUAAUAAUCGCAUUUCAAAAAGAGAACACUUUAUGCCAACUCAGUCUUAUAGCCACAAUUCUGAUGACCUUUCCAGAGAGGGAAAUACUAGGCCCAUUUUCUUCACUCCAAAGGACAAUAUGAAUAUUCCCCUUGUCAGCAAAGAAGCCUUAAACAGUAAAAAUCCUCAACUCCGUAAAGAAGAUGAACCAGCAUGGAAACCUGUGAAGUUAGCUGGGCCAGGCCAAAGAGAGGUUGCCAGACCGGCCCAUAAAAAGAAAGCUCGAAUGGCGCGGACGCGCUCCGAUUUCUUGACUAGAGGUACUUUUGCCGAUGGGGAGGGGGAUACAGAGGAAGACGAUUACGAUGACAUUAUUGAGCCCCUUCUCUCCCUUGACCAAGCUUCUCACUGUGAGCUAGGGCCUACACCCAGCCUGGAUCAGGCCUCUCACAGUGACUCCGAAAUGUUUCUCCGUUUUCUGGAUGGUAAGCGGACAUCACAGCGAUUUUCAUCAGUUGAUGAACAAGCAAAGCUUCAUAAGACUAUGUCUCAAGGAGAGAUUACCAAGUUGGCAGUGAGACAGAAGGCUUCAGAUUCAGAUAUAAGACCUCAAAGAGCUAAGAUGAGAUUCUGGGCCAAAGGGAAACAAGGGGAGAAGAAGACGACUAGAGUGAAGCCUACUACUCAGUCAGAGGUUUCGCCAGUCUUCACAGGCGCAGAUGUGAUUCCAGCUCAUCAGUUUCCAGAUGAGUUAGCUCAAUAUCACCCAACACCUCCUUUGAGCCCAGAACUGCCUGGCAGUUGCCGGAAGGAGUUCAAAGAGAACAAAGAACCUUCUCCAAAGGCUAAGCGCAAGCGAAGUGUGAAGAUUAGCAACGUGGCUUUGGAUUCUAUGCAUUGGCAAAAUGACUCUGUCCAGAUCAUAGCAAGUGUCAGUGAUUUAAAAAGCAUGGAUGAAUUUCUUCUGAAAAAGAUGAAUGACCUAGAUAAUGAAGACAGCAAGAAGGAUACACUAGUGGAUGUUGUAUUUAAAAAAGCCCUGAAGGAAUUUCGGCAGAAUAUCUUCAGCUUUUAUUCAUCUGCAUUGGCGAUGGAUGAUGGGAAAAGCAUACGGUAUAAAGACCUCUAUGCACUAUUUGAACAGAUUCUGGAAAAGACAAUGAGGCUGGAGCAGCGGGAUUCACUGGGUGAAUCUCCAGUGAGAGUUUGGGUCAACACUUUUAAAGUGUUUUUAGAUGAAUAUAUGAAUGAAUUCAAGACUUCAGAUUACACAGCUACAAAGGUGCCAAAAACAGAAAGAAAGAAAAGAAGGAAAAAAGAAACGGAUUUGGUGGAAGAACACAAUGGUCACAUCUUUAAAGCCACCCAAUAUAGCAUCCCUACAUACUGUGAAUACUGUUCUUCUUUGAUAUGGAUAAUGGACCGAGCCUCUGUUUGCAAAUUAUGCAAGUAUGCUUGCCAUAAGAAAUGCUGUCUGAAAACCACAGCCAAGUGCUCUAAAAAGUAUGAUCCAGAGCUAUCAUCUCGACAAUUUGGGGUUGAACUGUCCCGUUUGACCAGCGAAGACCGAACUGUUCCUUUAGUGGUGGAAAAGCUCAUAAACUACAUUGAAAUGCAUGGACUGUAUACAGAAGGUAUUUAUCGAAAGUCUGGUUCGACCAAUAAAAUCAAGGAGCUUCGACAGGGUCUAGAUACAGAUGCUGAGAAUGUAAAUCUAGAUGACUAUAACAUACACGUCAUUGCAAGUGUAUUCAAACAAUGGCUUCGAGAUUUGCCCAAUCCUCUCAUGACCUUUGAACUCUAUGAGGAAUUUCUUCGAGCUAUGGGCCUUCAGGAGAGGAAGGAGACAAUCCGUGGUGUAUACUCUGUGAUUGAUCAACUCUCCCGAACUCAUCUCAAUACACUGGAACGCCUCAUCUUUCAUCUAGUCAGGAUUGCUCUACAGGAAGACACUAAUCGAAUGUCUGCUAAUGCUUUGGCCAUUGUGUUUGCGCCCUGCAUUCUCCGCUGCCCUGACACCACUGACCCACUACAAAGCGUACAGGACAUCAGUAAGACUACCACUUGUGUGGAGCUAAUCGUUGUGGAACAAAUGAAUAAAUACAAGGCUCGUCUCAAAGAUAUCAGUAGCUUGGAAUUUGCUGAGAAUAAGGCAAAGACCAGGUUGUCACUGAUUCGUCGAUCAAUGAAACCUGUACUAAUUGCAGUUAGAUUCAUGAACAUUACCCGCAAUUCAGUCUCGGGAAAGGGGCGUAUUCGUCGAGGAAACUAUCCAGGUCCAUCGUCUCCUGUUGUAGUUCGGUUGCCUUCUGUGUCUGAUGUCUCAGAGGAGACCUUGACUAGUGAGGCAGCCAUGGAGACUGACAUCACAGAACAGCAGCAAGCAGCUAUGCAGCAGGAGGAGAGAGUACUGACUGAGCAGAUUGAGAACCUACAGAAGGAGAAGGAGGAGCUGACAUUUGAGAUGCUUGUACUGGAACCCCGUGCCUCUGAUGAUGAAACUCUUGAGUCUGAGGCCUCCAUUGGGACUGCUGAUAGCUCAGAAAAUUUGAAUAUGGAGUCUGAAUGUGCUAUCUCUGAGAAAUCAGAGAGAAGCUUAGCCCUUAGCUCCCUGAAGACAGCUGGCAAGUCUGAACCUUCCAGCAAGUUGCGAAAGCAGCUUAAAAAGCAGCAAGACUCUUUAGAUGUAGUGGACUCUUCAGUCUCCUCUUUAUGUCUGUCUAACACGGCAUCGUCUCAUGGGACCAGAAAACUAUUUCAGAUUUAUUCCAAAUCUCCAUUCUACCGAGCUGCCUCAGCUAAUGAGGCCCUGGGAAUGGAAGGACCAUUGGGCCAGACCAAAUCCCUGGAAGACAGGCCUCAGUUCAUCAGCAGAGGAACCUUCAACCCAGAAAAGGGCAAACAAAAAUUAAAGAAUGUGAAAAACUCACCUCAGAAAACCAAAGAGACCCCAGAGGGAACAGUCAUGUCUGGCCGCAGAAAAACUGUGGACCCAGACUGCACCUCCAACCAACAGCUAGCACUCUUUGGAAAUAAUGAAUUUAUGGUCUGAACCGGCAGAUGUGUGUCCCUCCGUGGCUACAGAGUGGUAAACACAUCUCACCUUUGGGGCUGCGUUUCAUCACCUCGUCCACAAUAGUCCAUCCUAAUUGUGGUCCUGCCUCUUUUCUAAGCAUAUGGCUAAGACUGUAUGUGCUGAAUUCCUGGGCCUCCUGCAGAAGCAGAAAGCCUGCUGGGGAUGGUGCCAGCUGUGCCUUGGCUGCUGUAUUUGAAUUGAGAUUUUACUAAACAAAGCCACCUAGGGCCUGGGGAUUUGGGUCAGUUAUAGUUGCCUCUCCCCCACCCUCUUUUCCCUUCCCAAAGGUGGGUGUUGAACUAGGGGGGAUAUUGCUGACCUGAGGGACCCUCUCAUUUCUGACAUUUGAAGAAAACGUAUAAAUCUUUCUUAACUAUGAAAGCAAAAGCCUUUGGGUUUAUUUUGGGAUAGUUAGGAGCUGGGGUAGAAUAUAAUUUUUUUCCAAAAACUUAUAAACAAAAAGCCUAAUCCCUCUAUUUUAAGAUUUCUGAAAAAACACUCCAUGUUAUAUUCUGGGGAAAGCAAAAA